CGGGCGCCGCCGCCAUAUAUCUCGGCGGAUUCGACGCUCCCACCAUUCGAAACCAUCGCAUACAACGAAAGCGUGCAAGCGAGCGACAGAUCAAAAGCGAGAGAGAGAGAGAGAGAGAGAGAGAGAGAGAAGAGCAUCAAAUGGAGGAGGUGAGAGCCACCACGGCCUGGGUCGCCAACCGCGCCACGCAUGUGAUGGUCGACUCUUUCGAGCUUGAGAAAGCUGUGGAUAGUAUUCAAGGUUCAGUUCCGAAAGUGAAAUGGGAUUUUGAAGGGAUUCACUACUUCGAUGGUGGGCCACUAACUGUUCAAUACUUAUUUGUUCUUGAUGCACUCAACUUCUGCUUUUGGCCAGAUGAAGAAUUAAUCUAUGAUCACUUAGCAUCAGGCUUAAAGGCUUCACUGCAGAAAGAUAAAUAUGCCCUUGAUGCAAAUCGUUUACAAAUGUACACUGGUCCCCAACUGCGUGAACUAUUGAAUUGGUCACGCCCACUUCCACUAGAAGAGGAGCGAGUUCGCUUGCUGCACGAGGUAGGUCUGGAACUUGAGAGAAACUUUGGAGGAGAGGCAGCUAAUCUUGUUAAGGCAUCCAAAAAUUCUGCUGCAUCUUUAAUUUCAAUUAUUACAAGCAACUUUCCUGGUUUUCGAGAUCAUUCUCUCUACAAAGGUCACCAGGUUUUCUUAUACAAGAGGGCACAGAUCUUUGUUGCUGAUUUAUGGGGUGCCUUCAAGGGUGAAGGAUACGGAAAGUUCAAUGACAUUAGUUCCAUCACAAUAUUUGCCGACUAUAUCAUCCCUGCUGUCCUGAGGCAGCUUGGCAUACUGAAGUACAGUUCAGCUUUGUCCGACUCAAUUGACUCAAAAAUUGAAGUUUGCGCUGGUAGUGAGGAAGAAGUUGAGAUACGUGCUUGCUCUAUUUAUGCUGUGGAGAAAAUGAGAGAGCUCAUCAAAUCAAAGUUCAAAAAACAGGUGCUCAGUAUAGAAAUGGAUCUUUGGCUUUGGUCCUAUGGAGUUCGAAACUCCGCUUUGCCUCAUCAUCGCACACUUUCAAUAUACUAUUGAUCGAUUUCAUCAGCAGAGUUUGGCCUUUUGGCAUCUUCAAAGACAGGUCUGACUUGAUUCUUACAAGUUCAUCUAGUGAAGCUAAUUUUAAGAAUUGUUUGCUCUGCCCUAUUAUGAACAGGCCAUAUAUUUUUUUGCCAAAAUUUUGAUUUUAAUUAUCAUUUUGCUAUAACGUAUGCA